AUGCUCAUGAAUAGCACUACCAUCACUUCUGCUUCCGACACAUGUACAAAGCGCACGGGUAUUCUCCAGGCCAUUCUCUAUGGCGUCCCAGACCCAGAGCUCUUCUCAUACAGGCAGGAGAUGGUCGCGCCAGGUAGCUUUCUGCAUAAGAUCUUGUAUGGAGUUAAAGAGAAGGACGAUGGAGAUGGUGUCGUUGCUGUUGCUAAUGUUACCACCGUCAAAGUUGAGCGUGAAGCUAUCCGUAAAGGCGAAUUGAGCAAGGAGACGAAGGUUGUAGUAGUGAAAAAUGUGGAAGUCAUAGUCGAGGUGGGGAAAGUGAUGGAGAAAGAUAAUGAUAUGGGGCAGGGCAUGAUAGCGAAGUAG